AUGAAGACGGUGACGAUCGAUGCGCGUCGAGCGUCAGCGACGGUUUCGUCUCGGUCGAGGUUUUCGUCGCAGAGCGGGACGUCGGAGGAUGCGACGAGCGCGAGGGCGCUGCGAACGGUGUCUGUGACGGUGAUGACGGCGAUCGGGGCGUUUGGAUUGGUGCGCGCGAGCGAUUCGGAGAUGGCGGAGUCGUUUGAGUACGCGGCGUACGGAGCGGCGACGCCGGCGUUUCGAGCGCUCGAUCCCGAGCUGGCGCACGAUUUGGGGAUCGCGAUGCUGGAGCUCGGAUUGGGGCCGAGGCAGAGGACGCGCGAUUCUGAAUCUCUGACCGUUCGGGCGUUCGGGACGACGUUCGCGAACCCCAUAGGAUUGGCCGCGGGGUUUGACAAGGAUGCCCGCGCGUUCGAGGCGCUCAUGAAGAUGGGAUUCGGAUUCGUCGAGAUCGGAAGCGUGACGCCACAGCCACAGCCUGGGAAUCCCAAGCCGCGAGCAUUUCGCCUGAUCGAGCACGGAGCGGUGAUCAAUCGGUACGGUUUCAAUAGUAAGGGACACGAGAGUGCGAAGGGACGACUGGCGGCGUACAGAGCGCGUGAGGACGUCCCAGCGGGCGUCCUCGGGGUCAACCUGGGUAAGAAUAAGACGACGCCCGAGGCGAACGCAGCGGAUGAUUACGUCCUAGGUGUCGAUAAUAUCGGUGAGUACGGUGAUUACAUCGUCGUGAAUGUGUCGUCGCCAAACACUCCGGGCCUGAGAAAUCUGCAGGGACGCAAGCACCUGAGUGGGCUCUUGCGGAAAGUUUUGAGCGCGCGCGAUCGCAACCCGGCCACGGCGAAGAAACCCGUGCUGGUAAAGAUAGCCCCUGAUCUCACCGACGCCGAGAUCAAGGACGUGGCGAGCGUGGUGAAGAGCGAAAAGGUGGACGGCGUCAUCGUGAGUAACACGACCGUAGCGAGGCCAGAAGAGAUCAAAGCGCAUAAGCACGGGGACGAAGCCGGUGGGCUGAGCGGUAAACCCUUGAUGGAGUCAAGUACCAGAGUGCUGCACGAGUUAUAUAGACUCACUGGCGGAAAAAUUCCUCUCGUGGGAUGCGGUGGCGUCGCGAGCGGCGAGGACGCGUAUGCGAAGAUUCGCGCUGGGGCGACGCUUGUGCAGCUUUACACAGCUUUCGCGUUCGGAGGGCCUCCGCUGAUCCUGAAGAUCAAACGCGAACUCGAGGAAUGCCUGGCGCGCGAUGGUUUCAAAAGCGUAGAAGAAGCGAUCGGAGUGGCGCACCGCAAAAGAUGA